AGCAUAUGUCUCUCGACCACUUUGUCCUGAUCUCUCUCUCUCUCCCCCUCAAACAUGAAAAUGGACAGCAAAAGAGUCAAUCUCAACACUACUAUUCUUUCCAUCUUCUUGUUCUUAUUAUUCUCAUCUUUUACUACUGUUUGCUCAUCGGAUGCAACUCCAAGAACCUCAAUUUCUUCAAAUCCAUUUACACCAAGAGCUUCGGUUGUUAGGUAUUGGGCCAAGCACAUCUCCAACAACCUCCCACAACCCUCAUUUCUUCUCUCCAAAGCCUCACCAUUGUCACCUGUAGAAUCAGCAUUUUUCACUAAACUAGCGGCUGAGAAGGCCCUCUCCGCCCAUCUCUCCGCCUUCUGCUCCGCCGCGGACUUGUUCUGUCUCCACGGCUCGAAACCCGCCGUCGAAAGCCACAAGAGUGAUGCCAAUUUUGCCUUCUACACCAAUAAGAACUUUGCCAACUACGGAAAUGCCCGUCUCGGCGGGGUUGAUCAGUUCAAGAACUACUCCGAUGGGGUCAACUUCGCUACAGGCUCCUUCGCCCGGUAUAGCCGGGGCUCCACCGGCCACCACGAGGGCUUCGCCAGCUAUGCUAGCGAUGGUAAUGUGGCGAGUUCGAACUUCACUUCUUACGGCUCCAGCGCCACCGGUGGUGCUGGAGACUUCAAGACCUAUAUGCCACGAGUCAAUGUCCCCGACCUUCGUUUCACGUCAUACGACUCGGACGGCAACGGCCACAAGCUCACAUUUGCUAGUUAUGCCGAUGACACGAACUCAGGCAACCAAGGCUUCGCCGGGUACGGCAAGAAUGGCAAUGCGGUGCCCGUCGAGUUCACGAGCUACGGUCAGACGUCGAACGUGGUCGGGUCGACGUUUACGGGGUAUGGAGAGCUGGGGAACUCGGCUAAUGACUCGUUCAAGGGGUAUGAUACUAAUGCCAAUAAUCCUAGUAACAAUUUCAAGAACUAUGGUGUUGGUGGGAAUGGGGGUUCGGACACUUUCACUAACUAUCGAGAUUCGGCCAAUGCGGGCACGGACACAUUUCAGUCAUAUGGGAGGAAUUCAAAUUCGGAGAAAUCAACCUUUGUGAACUAUGGGAAUUCGUUCAAUGUUGGUUUUGAUUCAUUCAAAGAAUAUGCAAAAGGAGGAGUUGAUCAGACGGUUGGGUUCAAGAUUUAUGGUGUGAACAAUACAUUCAAGGAGUACGCUAAAAAGGGUGUCACAUUUGCUCAAUACACUAAGCCGGGGUCUACUCAGGAUGGUUCGACGAUGGUCAGUGGCAAAAUGGUGAAUAAUGGCGUGGAAGAGGGCAAAUUCUUCCGCGAGAGCAUGUUGAAAGAAGGGACGGUGAUGAAAAUGCCCAAUAUUCGAGAUUGGAUGCCUAAAAGGUCGUUUUUGCCUCGGCCCAUUACGUCCAAGUUACCAUUCUCGACUAGUGAGCUAGUCGAGCUCAAACGAACUUUUCACAUAGAGGACAACUCAACUAUGGAGCACGUUGUGAUGAAUGCCCUGGCUGAGUGCGAGCGGGCACCUAGCACCGGUGAGAACAAGAGGUGCGUUGGCUCAGUGGAGGAUAUGAUUGACUUCGCCGUGUCGGUCCUAGGCCACGACGUGGUGGUCCGGACAACGGAGGGCGUGAAGGGGUCUAGUCAAGAUGUGAUGAUAGGAAAAGUCAAGGGGAUCAAUGGUGGAAGGGUGACAAAAUCAGUGUCUUGCCAUCAAAGCCUGUACCCUUACCUACUCUAUUACUGCCACUCAGUACCAAAAGUUAGAGUAUACGAGGCUGACAUCCUUGAAGUAGAGACUAAGACAAAGAUCAAUCAUGGGGUCGCCAUUUGUCAUCUGGACACGUCGAUGUGGAGCCCACGCCAUGGUGCUUUCUUGGCGUUGGGGUCUGGCCCUGGCCUCAUUGAGGUUUGCCAUUGGAUAUUUGAGAAUGACAUGAACUGGACCACUGCGGAUUGAUGCACCAGAUUAUCAUUCUUGAUGAUUUAAAUUAUUUUGAGAGGGUGUUAUUUCUGUCUUGGCAUUGUAUUUUUGAGGUUUCUUGAUAAUGUGAGAAUUGCCUAUCACUUUUUCUUGGUUU